AUGAAAAAUAAUUAUCUCCAGAAAUUAAUCGCGGCCAUCAGAGUAUCUGUCACGAACUCCUGCAACGUCAGCAAAGAAGGUGAACGAAAACAUCGACAGAAGUACGAAAAUAGCUCCAUAGGAGCAACGUGCACACUGUGUAUUUAUAUCAUCGGCAAAACUGGCAGUAGUGCUUCUAGAUCGUGUCGUUUUCGCGACCGCUCUUUCGGAAACUUACCGAUACGCAGAACUUACAGUGGAGUUUCCAGUGAAAUUAGGUGGUGUGUUCGAAAUCUUGUUAACCAAGUUUUGGAAAAAAUUUGGUGUAAAACAAUCCCAUAUUUCUUGAAGCUUUUGUCUCAAUGUUGGAUGCAGGUUUCUCUAUUCCGUAUCUUAAAUUCGUAA